UCGACAUAGCCCAGUCUGUCAUCUGCCUAUCUGACAGCUGGCCUCACCUUCUUUAUUGCUUCGGCACCAAAUCACAGCCGAGACCUUCGUUCGCAAACGUCACGAUCCCUCUCUCUCUGAACGCCAUGUUUCGAGCCUCUUAGAACACCACCACCACCACCACCACCACCACCACCACCAUCAUCAUCAUCACCAAAACCACUAGAGCAAACUAAGAACGGACCUCCCAGCCCACCGCCAACAUGGCUGGCUCCGACGUAAGCUACAAGAAACUCAAAGAAGACUUCGUAUCCAAUCUUUCAGGUGGUCCUGCCGGCGAGGUCAACUACGUAAUUGGUGUUGCGCCCGUCGCCUGUCUUCUCUGGGCCGUCCUCCAGACCCGUCAGUCCUUCUUCAAAUCCGACACGCCCCUGACCCUCCUCGUCGACUACCUCCUCAACGUCGGCGUCCUCCUCCUCUCUAUAACCCUCUACGCCAACACGCCCUUCCUCCUCUGGGCUCUCCUCCUGGGUCCUGCUCUCCUCGUCUACCUUCUCCCUCGAUCGCAGCCGCGCCGAAAACCCCUGGUCCCCUCCCAGAAUGCCGUCAAACCCGUCUCCCGCCCCUCGGAUGCGGCGUCCGGCCCCCUCUCCGUCCUCUCCGUCAAGCCCUUCCUGACCAACUACCGCGGCGGCAUGCUCAUCGUCACCUGCCUCGCCAUCCUCGCCGUCGACUUCCGGCUCUUCCCCCGCCGCUUCGCCAAGGUCGAGACCUGGGGCACCUCGCUCAUGGACAUGGGCGUCGGCGCCUUCGUCUUCUCCGCCGGCGUCGUCGCCGCUCGCCCCGUCCUCAAGGAGCGCGCCGCCGGCCGUUCGACGCCGCUGGCCGCUCGGCUGCUGACCUCGAUGCGCCACUCGCUGCCCCUCCUCGCGCUCGGCUUCAUCCGCCUGCUCAGCGUCAAGGGCCUCGACUACGCCGAGCACGUGUCCGAGUACGGCCACCCUCCGAACCCGCCACCCAGCGCACCACCCUCCUUCCUGACCAUGGCCGUCUGGACCGCCGUCUGGACCGCCCUCUACUUCCUCGCGACGAGCUACACCUGGGGCGACGGCCUCGACGUCUCCCGCCGCCUCGCCAACCUGCCCUACGUCCUGUGGGUCGCCGCCUUCAACUCGGGCCAGAUCCUCUUCUACUGCCUCGUCGACUCGCUCUUCUUCCCGGCCUUUUACCACGCCACCGACGCCAAGACGGAGCGCGACGCCUACCUCGCCGCCACGAGCCGCGUCAUCAGGGCCUACAACCGCAACGGCCUCGCCCUGUUCCUGCUGGCCAACCUGCUGACGGGGCUCGUCAACAUGACGGUCCCCACGCUGCACGUCGGCCCCGUGGCUACCAUGGCCAUCCUCAUCGCGUACAGCGGGACCCUGACGGCCGUGGGUGUCGCGUUGGAUAGCUAUGACGUGUCCAUAAAAUUGUAG